AUGUCCAACACCACAAAGUCUGCUUUCAUAAUCGACACGAAAGCCAAUCUGCUCAUCUCCACUCCCGAGCUCGAUCACCCGACUCCAGUGAAGAUGAAGACCACCACUACCACACUGGCCUUUAUCAUACUGAAGCAAUCCACUUUAAUGAGCGACAACGUGAUCCACCUACAGUCAAGCACUCCCAUUCAAAAAGCUCAAAUAAGUCAUUCGAUCGUGUCCAACGUCACUUCGAAUCAUCAGAACAAGGUGCCUGUGUUCGUGCUACCGUGUGUAAGUCACAUGAGGACGGGUGCGGUAGUAAAAUAA